AGAAGUUGGGCAUUUGAUUGGCCCUUCUAAUAGCAUAAGAAUUCGAGGCCCAAUAUAACGUACAUAAAGUCAUAUAAACGGGCAUUUACCGCCUUUUCAACAAUUUUAAUUGGAAGUUGAAACUCAAAACUCAAAAGAAUUUCUCUGCGUCUGUGUUUUUCUAGAAAUAGUGCGAUUGAGAGAGAAACCCAAGGCAAUCAGAUAAGAAAUUGAAGCUUUAGUUUUUCUAUUUAAUUCAUCGUGAGCGUGAGGGGAUCUAAAUCUCUCUGCUCCGACUGAAGUUUUUCUGCAUUUCGCUGCCUUCGACGGCCGGAAUUCGCCGUUCGUUUUUGCCGCUGAUAUUUCAGGUCAUAGAUCAAGAGUUUCGGAGCAGAAGAAGCCAGCGGUAGAAUUUUCUUGUGAAGAAUUUUGUCUGUUAAUGAGAAUUGUACUGUAGGUUUCACUUGAUUUAAAAAGGUCAAAAUGAGAUGCAAUGCAUGCUGGCGGGAAUUGGAAGGACAAGCAAUUUCCACCACUUGUGGCCACCUCCUCUGUCCAGAAGAUGCCAAUAAGAUUCUCAGUAAUGAUGCUGCUUGCCCAAUAUGUGAUCAGGUGCUCUCUAAAAGCCUUAUGAAAAGUGUGGAUAUCAACCCCAAUGAUGAAUGGACAAGUAUGGUCUUGGCUGGGAUAUCUCCGCAGGCUGUGAUGAAGACUGCAUACAAAGGUGUGAUGUUCUACUUUGGGCAAAAGGAACUGGAGAUGCAAUUAAAGAUGAACAGGAUAGUUGCUCAGUUCCGGCAAAAAAGUGAGAUGAUGCAAGAAAAAUUCACCCAGAAACUGGAGCAAAUUCACGCUGCAUACCAAAAAAUGGGUAAGAGGUGCCAGAUGUUGGAGCAAGAGGUUGAAAGCUUGACCAAAGACAAGCAGGAGCUCCAAGAAAAAUUUGCAGAAAAAUCAAGACAGAAAAGAAAACUUGAUGAGAUGUAUGAUCAGUUGAGAAGUGAAUAUGAAUCACAAAAGCGAGCAGCUAUUCAACCAGCGUCAAAUUUCUACCCAAGGGCUGAGCAUGAUUUGUUUUCAAGUCCUGCUAAUAUGAUGGAUCACAGAGAGCCAAUGAGAAAAGGACCAAAAGAGGAUGUUUGGCCAGCAGCAAGGCAGAACAGUGGUAACUCUGGACCCUUCGACAUUUCCAGUGGCUCGCCUGCAAAACAAUCAGGACUUCCUAUGGAUGCUGGAAACAGAAGGGCAGGUGCCCGCCCUGCUUUCGGUGCCGGGCCAGCUGCUGGAGGUGGAAACACAUCAAUGACUUUGAGGAAUCUCAUCCUUUCACCUAUAAAGAGACCUCAGCUCUCUCGAAACCGUCCAAACUUAUUCACGUAAGAGACCCUUGACAUUAUGUUCGUACUGCUCUUUGCUGAGGGAGAGUCAUUGCAAGGUUUUGCUGAGUGAGUGAUUGCAUGAUUUUGGUGAGUGGAGUGACUGCAUGAUGUCUUGGCUUUUCAGGUUAUAGAGAAGCAACAUUGUAGCUCUCCUCUUCCAUCGGGUUAUAGAGAAGCAGCGUUGUAGCUCUCCUCUUCCAUCAGAAAUCCAGAGGAUCAUUGCCCUGUUGCAAAGGAGAUUUCCGAUAGUUGAAAUUUACAAGCAGUUACACGGAGGAGUGGAAUCCUCAGUUGUCUUGAAGUAUCUAAAGUUGUCAUCCUGAUAUUAUGCAGUUCUAUAUAGUACACUGCUUGUCAAAUAGUAGGGUUUUGCGUAUCUUCGGAUGAAUCACUAUGUUAUCAUUGCCAGUCUUCUGUAUUCACUCCAGUGUCAUUCUUAAUGUGUAUAUAUAUAUAGUUUAUAUACAAGAAACCUGUCACUUUUAUUUGACAUGGAGACAGUGAAGAUGUAUGCUUUGCAUUCUAAUUCAAU